AUGCCUACCAAGGAUACCGCGAAUGGUGUCGAGAACACAAAUGGCACUGCAGGAUUUGCCCUAGAAGGCUCCCUCACAUCCUUCAAGAACCUCUACCAAGGCCCGCCAGACAAGAACAGGAAGUGGAGCUGGACCGAGAAAGAACCAGAAGACGUUGCGGAUCCUGCUGAGAACGAGGAGACUGCCCAGCAUGCCCUUAUCACCCGGCUUCAGAAGGCGACCGACUCUCGCAAGAAGUACGACAUGCACUCAAUCAUUAUCCAGUCACCAUGGUUAAAGGAUGCCCUCGCUGAAAUCCUGAAGGACUAUCCUGGUAUACAUUGUGGAUUGAAGCGACUGGAGUUUGCAGCGCCAUUUACUCCUUUCGUCCAUCGAUGGUCUCAGCUACUCGAGUACAGAAGCAGGAAAGAUCUCGAUACCACUACUGCCAAACAUGUCGAGCUACUGUAUGGAGUACUCUGUGCUGAGCUGAAGGAUGUCAUCAAGACACUUGAAGACUAUGUUAGCCAUGGUAUCAUAACGUUUGAUCACAUCUGGACUAUGUAUCAACCUGGUGCUCUCAUCUACUCAAACUCCCACAAAGGAGCAUAUGGAGUCUAUACGCUGAAAUCUGGGUCCUACGGUAACACCCCGUGUGGCAGGUUCUACCAGCUCAACGUUGAAGCCAUCGACUGGAACGGCACCUCGUUUGGUCGCAGUAGCCAGACUAUCCGACUUGGGGAGUUCCACGGCACAGCCCGUAUUCUGGGACUCUCAGCUUUCCCUUUAUCCUUUCAUCCCUACGAAGCCAAAGUCAAGGAAGCGCUGGUCAGCCGUGGCAAGAAGUUCGAAGCUCUUGCAGGCAGCCACUACAUGGCCUACGAGGGCUUCGCAGUCACAUCGGACAGGGAUGGUAACGAGGCAUCCUACAUGUGUACUGGCCGUAUCAUCGUCGACUCGGACAGCUAUCAGCGCUUCUCUUCUCGUUCUGUUGGUCGUAUUGAGCCUCUUUCUGCGAAAGAAUAUGCAAAGGAACCUGAAGGUGCCCCUGAAAGGCUGGAAAUCCAAGACCCAACUGAAAUGAAGUAUGUCUUUGGAAGUCAGGAGAAAGAGGAACGCCCAAGACUAACCGAACAUCACCAUCUCCUUUGCUUGCCUAGAGUGAGGGGCUACUCGCUCAAGAAGAAGAAAUGGUUGCUCUUCUACGUCGAACUGAUUCAAGACAUCAAAUUCAAUGAGAAUGCCUUUGCCUCACUCGUUCUUCCCAAAGAUCAGAAAGAGCUCAUUCUCGCUUUUGCAGAGUCGCAGGCCAUGAAUCAAACAGGCUUCGAUGAUGUUAUCAGUGGCAAAGGCCGUGGACAUAUCACUCUCCUCAGCGGUCCUCCCGGGGUGGGUAAGACUCUUACCGCUGAGUCCGUGGCCGAGCACAUGCGCGCUCCACUGUUCAUGAUGUCGGCUGGUGAUCUGGGCAUCGAUCCCGACCAAGUCGAGACCAAACUCACCAACAUCCUCGAGAUGAUAUCCAAAUGGAACGCUGUUCUUCUUUUCGACGAGUGCGAUGUAUUUCUCGAAGCUCGCAGCACGCACGAUUUGGAGCGAAACAAACUUGUGUCCAUCUUCCUGCGUGUGCUAGAAUACUACGAAGGCCUAUUGUUCUUAACCACCAACCGUGUUGACAACAUUGAUGCUGCCUUCCAGUCUCGUAUUCACAUCAGUCUGGCAUACCCCAAUCUUACAUCUGCCUCGCGGAAGAGCAUCUGGCAGAACUUCCUGAAGAGCUCGGGAGGCCUGCACGAGUGGAAAGAUGACGACUUGGAAGACUUGGCAAGCGUGGAGUUGAAUGGACGCCAAAUCAAGAACGUUUUGAAGAGCGCAUCACUACUCGCUGCGAGAAAGAAGGAUGGCCUCAACAAAAAGUAUGUGGACAUGGUUUUGGGGAUCGAGAAGAAAAGGCCAGGCGUUGCUGCAGACUUUUAG